AGUCAUUUUCCGAAGCCCAAGUAAACACUUUCUUGACAAAUUUUUGGUAAUGGACGAUUUCGGAUCGACGAGGGUUUUAGUCGCCGUCGUCGAGUGGUUUUUGAUUCCGGCCAAAUCUUGAAGCUUCUUCUCCAUGAAAAUAUUAGAAGCCAAUGCAGGCCCUCUUACGAAUUUUGAGGUUCUCGACUUUUUAAGAUCAAAGGGGGCAGCGAAAGAUCCCACUAGGGUUCUUGCGAAAGUAGCACCAUCUGAAUACAAGGUUUAUGAUUAUUUGAAUCAAACUCCUGCUUGUAAUCAAUCGAGAGAAGCUAUUCUUGAGUUUGUCGAGAGGUCCAAAGAGUAUGAUCUCGCGAAAGCUGAAAUUCUCAAUAUCAUUAAUUGUCGGCCGAUUGCCCCGGUUGAGUUAUUUCCGAUUAUAGAGAGCUGUGAAGCUCGAAUGGGAGAUGAUGGAGUUGAUGGAGGAAGAAUGCAAGAGCUUGUGACGAUGGUGGAACAGGUGUUCCCUACACCUCAAAAUGAACCAACAUCCGAAGUAGCUCCAAAGGAAGGUAAAGAGGCCGAAACCAUGGAGGAACAAGAAGUAGCUGGGGAUGUCAAUGACGAACCCAUGGAAAAGACUUGAACCCAGUUCGAGAAUUAAGUGAUUGUUGGUAGAUGUAAGAUUAAAUGAGCUGCCUGUAACUCAAACUAUUCAUAAUGUGCAGACAUGGGUUUCAGGUGAAAGAUGAAACUGAGAGGGACAGUUCCCAUAAAUAGACUGUGAGAAAUCAAAGUCAAAGAAAGCUUUUGAGUGCUAAACAAUGAAAAUAGUUGUGUUUCUUUUUAUCACUAUUCUUUUGUUUGUUAAAUAAACCCUAAUACUCUGUACAUGGAAGAAGAAGCCGAGAUUUUCGUUUCCCUAGGUUA